AAUAAAGAAAGAACACGGUUUCAGACAUUCAUGGUUAAUUAAGACACGGUUGGUCUGGAGAGGAAUAACUCCUAGGGGAAAGAGAAAAAGUGUCUUUUAUUUUCUCUCCAAUCCCCAAAACGCAGGAAAACAAUGUCGUUUAACAGCUCCCACCUCCUUCCUCCGCAGGAAGACCUUCCUCUCCGACACUUCUCCUCCGAUCAAUCACACCAACCGUCGCUUCUCACCGCCAGUUUCCUCAACCUCCCUCCCACCACAGCCACAACCGACUCCAAGUUUACCCAUCCGCAUCGCGACGGAGACAGUUCCGCUGCCGCUACAAACCGACGGUGGCUCUCAUUCCACACGGAGGUCCAAAACACCGGUGAAGGCGAUCCUGAAGAAGUCAACGCCGAUGGUGUUGAAGAUUGGAGGAGCGCUAGCGACAAAGCUGCGAUUUUGAAACAUCCCAUGUACGAGCAGCUUCUGGCAGCCCACGUGGCUUGCCUCAGAGUCGCUACUCCCGUUGACCAGAUUCCGAGGAUCGAUGCACAGCUCAGUCAGUUACACACCGUAGCCGCAAAGUACUCAUCUCUUGGUGUGGGUAUGGACAACAAGGAGCUUGAUCAUUUCAUGUCGCAUUACGUUGUGGUGUUAUGUUCGUUUAAAGAACAACUCCAACACCACGUCUGUGUCCAUGCAUUGGAAGCCAUUACGGCUUGUUGGGAGAUUGAGCAGUCACUACAAUCCAUAACGGGAGUUUCACCAAGUGAAAGUAACGGCAAGACAAUGUCGGAUGAUGAUGAAGAUGAUAAUCAAGUAGAAGAGAGCGAGGUGAAUAUGUUUGAUGGAAGUUUGGACGGUUCGGAUUGCAUGAUGGGAUUCGGUCCUCUUGUUCCAACCGAGCGUGAGAGAUCCUUGGUGGAGCGUGUGAAGAAGGAACUGAAGCAUGAGCUGAAACAGGGGUUCAAAGAGAAGAUUGUGGACAUAAGAGAAGAGAUAAUGAGGAAGAGAAGGGCGGGGAAGUUGCCUGGAGACACAACGUCUGUGCUCAAAGAGUGGUGGCGGACUCACUCCAAAUGGCCAUACCCAACUGAGGAAGAUAAGGCAAGGCUUGUGGAAGAAACCGGUUUACAGUUGAAGCAGAUUAACAAUUGGUUUAUCAACCAGAGGAAAAGAAACUGGAACAGCAGCUCUUCCACAUCGUCUACACUCUCCAAGAGCAAACGUAAACGGAUUGGGAAGUCGUAGGUGACAUUCUGGUUAACCAGAGGAUGAUGCUUGCUUCUCCGGAUAUGAAAGACAUGGUUUCUCCUUCGGUUAUGUGAUCGUACUAAUUACAAUAUGUAUAGGUCUAUCGGUUUGCCUAUAUAAUUGGAUUUGUAGAGCUUAAUCAUGUUUGUAUCAGCUUUAAAAUCUAUGUUUAUGUGUGUGUAUAUAAAGUAUAGUUCUUGGAAGUUGGUUUUUGCGUCUAGUAAUGAACGCUUGGUCGGUUUUUUUCUUUGUAAA